CCCGUACAUGUCGGCGUCGUACCUUUCCUGGUCUCAUUCCACAUCUUAUAAUUAAAAUAUACAACUUGCUAAUUGUUACUAAUUGUUCACAAAAAUGUCAAAACCUAAUUAAUAAAACAAAACACGCAAAGCAUAAAAACCCUUUACCUUUUCUCUUCUAUAAAACCGUCCAUACGGACAAGCUCCACGACCCACACACACUUUCUCAUCUUCUUUCUACAAAUGGGUUUCCAAAGAUCUAUCUCUUCUUCUUCUGCAUUAAAAUGGCUUGGAUUUGUAACAGCGGUUUGGGUUCAAUCCAUCUCCGGCAACAACUACACUUUUUCAAACUACUCCGGUGCUCUUAAGUCUCUCAUGAAUCUCAACCAGCUCGAGCUCAACAACCUCUCUGUCGCUAAAGACGUCGGAAAAGCCUUUGGGAUCCUGGCUGGCCUUGCCUCUGACCGUCUUCCCACUCCGGUCAUCCUCCUUAUUGGUUGCUUUGAAGGUCUUCUUGGUUAUGGUGUACAAUGGCUCGUUGUUAGCCGCACCAUCCAACCAAUCCCUUAUUGGCAGAUGUGUAUAUUCCUCUGUAUGGGAGGGAACAGCACAACGUGGAUGAACACGGCGGUUCUAGUGACUUGCAUACGCAAUUUUCGACGAAACCGUGGUCCGGUCUCCGGGAUAUUGAAAGGAUAUGUCGGUUUAAGCACAGCUAUAUUCACUGAUCUCUGUACUGCUCUGUUCUCAAACGAUCCGGCGUCGUUUUUGGUUUUACUAGCCGUGGUGCCUUUUGCCGUAUGUCUCACGGCGGUUUUCUUCCUCCGUGAGAUCCCACCAGCAUCUUCCGCAGCUGAGGAGAACGAAGAGACUCGUUACUUUACCAUAUUCAACAUUGUGGCCGUUGUUGUCGCCGUGUAUCUUCAGUCUUACGACAUCAUUGGAAUCAAAACUGGAGUGUUCUCUGUCGCUUUCGCUUCUAUACUUCUCUUCCUCUUGGCUUCUCCAAUAGCCAUUCCUUUCCACUCCUUCAUCAAGAGCUUGAACUACGGUGAACAAGAUGACUUAGAAGGACGGAUUCAAGAACCGUUGCUUAGAUCCGAGAUAGCGGCAGCGGAGAAAGAAGUAAUAGUUGUAGCUGCGGUGGCAGCGGAAGAGGAGGAGAAGAAGAGGAAGAAACCGGUUUUGGGAGAAGACCACACUAUAAUGGAAGCAGUGUUGACCGUUGACUUUUGGGUGCUUUUUGUGUCCUUCUUGUGUGGUGUAGGAACUGGUUUAGCUGUGAUGAACAAUAUGGGUCAGAUAGGUCUUGCCCUUGGAUACACAAAUGUCUCAAUCUUUGUCUCCAUGACUAGUAUUUGGGGAUUCUUCGGUCGCAUUCUCUCCGGUACUCUCUCCGAAUACUUUCUCAAGUAAGUACUCCUGCUCCUCUCAUCUCCAUAUGCAUUUUAUCUUACCGUUCACGGUUUGAUCCGCUCCUAAAGGCAAUGCCCGUCUCUAUUUUAGAGGUAUUUUGCUCCAAUAUUGUCUCUAAAAUAGACUUUACUCUAAAAUAGAGAAAAAAAUAGAGGAAUCUCAUUUUCACUUUUAUAUAUAGAGUCAAAAGUGAAAUUUAUUUUUUUUUCUUCUAUUUUAGAGUAAUACAUCGAAACAAAAUCAACUCAAUUUCCUUUAAAAUAGAGUUGUCUCUAAAAUAGAAGAAAAAAUAGAGAUAUACAUUGGAGAUGAUUUAAGAUGAACCAAAGGUGUUUUAGGGACUAAUAACAGUAAAAACUUCAUAAGUUAUGCACAGUUUUGGCCGUAGUUUACUGUUCAAACCAUAUUACUAUGUGUCGUUCUGUACGAUGCUAACAUUGAAAGUAUCAAUUCUCGUUCUUACAUUAACUACCAACAUUCAUUGCAGAGCUGUAACGUGACGUAUAUAGUUUUUCAUCCUCAUAUAUGGACAUACAAAAUUCAAUGCGUUCUAAAUUUGUAUAUUUCUUCUUCCUUAAAUGAUUUUUCUCAUAUUAAGAAAAGGGAUCUUUUAGAAUUUUCUGGUUGAUUCAUUUAACUAGUUUUUGUACUACAUAGACAAUUCCAAAUCAAAUAUCUUGCUCUUUUCCUUAUUUUGGACCACGGUCUUUUCUCUUCACGUGCCCACUUAAUUUUCCACCAAAAUUUCCCCUUUGGAUUCUUUUGAAACUUUUACAUUCUACUGAUUUAUAAAAAUUCAAUUUAAAGGUUAUGCAACAUAUAUAUCAUAUCUCAAUCAACCAUGUUGAUUUUAUACUUUACUAACCAAAGAAUGUAUAAUUUUCUUCUAAUUUUUAUAGGAAAGCUGGAACACCAAGACCACUAUGGAAUGCAGCCUCUCAAAUCCUUAUGGCCGUAGGAUAUAUACUAAUGGCUUUAGCCGUGCCUAAUUCACUCUACAUCGGUUCAAUGGUGGUUGGAGUAUGUUACGGUGUCCGUCUAGCCAUAACUGUACCAACAGCUUCCGAACUCUUUGGUCUCAAAUACUACGGUCUCAUCUACAACAUCUUAGUACUUAACUUGCCACUUGGCUCGUUUCUCUUCUCGGGUCUCCUCGCUGGCUUCCUCUACGAUGCAGAGGCAACACCAACUCCUGGUGGGGGCAACACGUGCGUAGGAGCUCAUUGCUACCGUCUCAUCUUCAUAGUCAUGGCAUUAGCUUCUGUUAUCGGAGUCGGUUUGGAUCUUGUGUUGGCUUAUAGGACUAAGGAGAUUUACGCUAAGAUUCACGCUAGCAAGAAGUCAAAGAAAUCUGGUGGUAGCCUUAGUUAAGACACUGUAUAUCUAGUUCCGGUGCACUACAUUGUUUUCAGAUGCUGAUUUUGUAUACAUGAUACAAUAUCGGAUUCAAGAUAUUGUUGAACAAAAUUUCAAGUACCAGAGAUCAUUGUUGUAGUAGCAUCGCCAAUGUAUUUUUUUGUCUUUCCGAGAUUUGUUCAAAAUUAUAUAAAUGUAUGACAUUUUGAUAGUCCAAUUCCAAUUAUUUUCUAAGAUUU